AUGUCAGUAGGAAUACCCAUAAAAUUGUUGCAUGAGGGAAUAGGCCACACAGUUUCCGUUGAAACGAAAUCAGGAAUUCUCUACAGGGGCACAUUACUUUUUGUAGAAGACAAUAUGAACUGCAUGCUUGAGAAUGUAACCGUAGUUAAAAAGGACGGGAAACAAAUUCUGCUAGAACAAGUGUACAUACGAGGAGGAAGCAUUUGUUUUAUGAUUUUCCCAGAUAUGUUAAGGUAUGCUCCAAUAUUUAAAGUGAACAAAGCGAAAACAAAAACAAACUUUGCAACAAUUAGAAGGGCAAUGGAAGUGCAUGCUAGAAUGGCAUCGAAGAAUAGAGAAACAAAAGCAUAA